AUGGCAACCGACGCCGAAGACCAACCCUCCCCCGUCCCAGAGCCCUUGACCGACGCAGACAGCAAUGCCACCGGCAGCGACUCCGACAGCGACUCGGGCGACUCGCCCGCGCCCCAGGUGGAAUGGCUCGCCACGGCGCGCGCGAAGCGGUCGACCGCCGGCAACCGCAUGAAGUCGAUGCUCGCGAACGAGGAGCCCGCCGACGAGGACUCGGACCUCGAGCUGCUGUUCCAGGAGGACGAGGAUGACGCCGGCUUCAGCGACAAGGGCCAGGAUGACGGCUCUGACGCGCAGAUGGACUCGUCCGACGACGAGGACGAGAAUGAGGCCGAGGCGGAGGAUGAGGGCGAGAAGGAGCUACAGCGCAAGGAGCGCGAGAAGAAGCUCGCGGCCCGCAAGCGCAAGGCGCAGGAGGCCAUCCCCGCAAAAUUCAGGAAGAAGGUCCGCAUCAGCCAGCCCGCCACCCCGACCGGCACCACCGCGCCGCAGCCGCCCAUGCCGAGGCCUAAGAAGAAGUCGGAGCGCGCGAGCUGGCUGCCCUCGGCCGCCGAUAUGCCCACGCGCUCGUCCGACCGGAAGACGACGAAGCUGAGCAAGGAGCAGCUUCACAACCAGAUGGUCGAGCGCGAGGAGAGGCGGAAGAAGCAGAUGGAGCUCAUGGAGAAGAAGGCCAAGAAGCUCGAGGCCAUGAAGAAGCCGCCCAUGACCCAGGAGGAUAGGCUGGCGGAGGCCGCAAUCGUGGAGAAGAGGAACGCAAAGAGUCUAAACAGGUGGGAGGAGGCCGAGAAGGUGCGCGAGGAGGAGCGGCGCGCAAAGCUGGCCGCUCUGAACAACCGCAGGCUGGAGGGCCCCGUCGUCACGAUGUGGAGUGGUAUAGUCGACCUCAGCGAGACCCAGCUGAAGAACGUCGGCAAGUUGGUCUCCAUCGAGGAGAAGCCAAAGCGGAAAAGACCAUCGACCGCCACAUCUACUGCUGUAAACACGGCCGCGCCAAGUCCCAAGCCAGACCGCCCGUCCACGGCCGUCUCGACCGCAGGCCCCGCGGCUACAGCAAGCCCAAAGACCGAGACGGCAGCGUCGGAGACGGCCCUGCCUACGCCUACGCCGAUAAUGCCUACCACGGCUCCGGCCUCCGCCGCGGUUCCUGCUCCGAUUCCGCCAAUUCCCAACCCGACUCCUGCCAAGCUGACAAAGAAGCAGCAGAAGCAGGAAGAGGCCAGCGCGAAAAAGGCUGCUGCCAAGUCUGCUGCUCCUAAGAAGCCCCCUCCACCACCUGAGCCCCCAGAGCCCGAGCCACCUCUAGAGGGGAAGGUCACCCGCAGCUGCAUCAUUCUCCAAGACUUUGAUGAAGAGGCCAUCAAGAAGCCCGAUGUCCAGACACAGAUCCUGUUCGGCUGGAAGAUGACCAAGCUCGCGAAGCCACCUCACGCUCCCCUUUGCGUCAUCACCAACCACCCGGCCCGCUACAGGGACCCGAAGACGGGACUUCCCUUCUACAACACCUACGCGUUCAAGGAGAUCCAGAAGCUCAUGGCAGGGGACUUUAAGUUCAGCCAGCUCACGGGCACGUGGGUGGGCCGCGGCGACGAAGCUGCGGCGGGCGUUCCGGCGCGAUUCACCCGCCCCGAGACCGAAGAUGAGAGAAAGGAGAGGCUGGAGCGCAAGGAGAGGGAGAAGAAGGAAGGCGAGGAGCGCAAGGAGCAGGAGGAGAAGCUGGCGGCCGAGGAAAAGGCUAAGCUGGAGGCAUCCGGACCGCCGACUACAGGAACCGCCGGCGCGGUGUCGACGACGGGGGAGGCGAGUUCCGCCCCGGUAGCCCCCAUGGGACAAGGCAUUGCGGAUGCGCAGCAGCCCCUGCCUGUCGCUUCUGGCGCGGUGCCUGUGCCGGAUCCAAUCCCGGCGCCUGCGCCUACGGCUGGGGUCGCGGUUGGACCACCUCCUCCACCGGCGGGAAUGCCACCCGUCAUGCCUGCGCCUCCUGAUGGCACAAAACCGGUAGCCGUGGCUCCGUUGGUGCCUGGACAGGCGACCACGACUGGAGAAGCAACUACUCAAGCCUCCUCUGCCGCUGCCGUGGACAACGACACUAUAAUGACGCCAGCGCCGCCGCUAGGGGCCAGUACGGAUCAGACAGGGCAGGCAGCCCAGUAG